AUAGGAAGCCUACAGCGAGGCCGUCAGGCUCAACAUCGAAGAGAUCAAAGGAACCCUAGCCCUCAAGGACUUCUUCAGGGCUGCAAGAGUGUGAGAAAAGGCAGGUACGCCGGACCAAGGUGGUCACAAUGAAGCUACGCGACGUCCCCGCAUACGCAAUUCUGUCCCAUACUUGGGGUAGAGACGAUGAAGAAGUUACGUUCAAGGAUCUUCAGGAAAAGCCCGAGAAAGCGAAGCUGGAGGCAGGCUAUCAUAAGAUCGAAUUCUGCGGGAGGCAAGCUACUAGCAACGGACUGGGAUACUUUUGGGUCGGCACUCGUUGCAUUGACAAGUCCAACUAUGCCGAACUUGUUGAAGCCAUCAUCUCGAUAUUUCGAUGGGCCACCCGUGGAUGGAUACUUCAGAAACUGAUAGCUGCCGACUCAGUCGAGUUCUUCUCGUCAGACGGCGGCAGGAGAUCUCUAGAACAACAGCUCGUCAAUAUCACGGGAAUCGCUCCUACAGUACUCCGAGGGGGAACCCCUCGACUCUUUCAGCGUCGAGGAACGAAUGGCAUGGGCCGAAAAACGGACAAAAAAGAGGAAGAAGAUAAAACCUAUUCUCGUAUUGGCAUCUUCAACAUCUUUAUAUCACUAAUAUAUUACGAGGGCGUGGAGCACGCAUUGUACCGGCUCAACCAAAAGAUAGAAACGGACGGGGGCAUUAGCAGCUCCCAGUGCCCCCCAGCUGUUGAAGCAUUGAAGUCGACGGUGGAUUGUCGAAAAUUAAUACAGGACAAGGUCAAGAACAGACUCAACUAACCCGAACUCACAGACCGAGCGGGCGUAGGUCCCUUCUUUGCAAAGUUGACGUUGGCUGAGUAUAAUGAAAAUCUUCGCUUGGUAUGCUC